AUGGCAUACCGCAAACACUUUCUACUACUUGUGACCGCAUUGGUGGUGACUAUUGUAGCUUCGCGUGAGCUAAGCAAUUAUCACUAUCGAUUUCUAGAGGAGGUUGAGGAAGAGCAGGAAGAGGAAGAUAUCUCCACUAGCAGUCUAAGCUCGUGGUUAGGCAGCGGCAGUGGUAGUGAUAAAUUAUCGGGCUUUCCAGAUGUGGGAGAGGAAUCAGAAGCAAGCGAUAGUGACGAUAGUAAGGAAAAGGAGAAAGUGAAACAUACUAAAGGUGGUAAUGAGAGUGACAGCGAGGAGGAAAGCGAGACUUUGGAUGAAGAACAUGAAGCUGUCCAGCAUGAGAAGGUUACAAGUAGCGAUACGAGCAAGAAACCUGCAGAUAGUAACAAGAAUGGUCUUAGUCAGAACGUGUCUACCACGGAUGAUGUUGUUGCUGUAAAUUCGACGAAAGAUGCGAAGAAAUCAAUGAUCAAGCGCUCCGGGUCGGGAUCGCUCGAUAGCUUGGUGGAGAUUGUUGGUAGUGAAGAAAUGGAGGAGGAUGAGGAGGAGGAAGAAGAUGAGGAAGAAGAUGAUGAGGAUGAGCAUGAUGAAAAUGAUGAUGAUGAUGCUGAUGAUGAAGAAGAAGAAGAAGAAGGCGCGAAGAAGAAGGCUGAAGCCGACAAAGUGAAGGAUAAAGAUGGCGCUAAGAAUCCUACGACACAAAGCACCAAGAAGCAAGAAGAUAAGGAGAAAGUGCAAGAAUCGAGUGACUCAGAUGACAAAGAUCACGGAAGUGAAAGGCACUCUAACGAUAGCAGCGCAAGCGACAUGGAGCAAGGUCACGAAGACGGGAAAAAGAAUAUUAUCGAUAGUGCGGUUAAUGCCACCAAAAAGGCUGUCGAGACUGUGAAAAAUGGCACAAAGAAGGCGCAAGAUGACGACAAGAAUGUCUCGAGUGGUUUAGACUCAAUGUCAGGUUCUGGCUCUGGUUACGAGACUGUGGAUGUAAAAGAUCUGGAGAUGGAUGAGAGUGGAAGUACUGACCAUUCAAAACAUGAAGUGGAGCAAAAAGACAAAAUCAAGAAAGAGAAGGAAAAUGUGAGUGACUCAAAGUCGGCCAGCGAUGAGAAAGGAGAUGAUGAGAAAGAUAAGAAGGUGGCGAAGAGUGACAAUUCGGAACAUGAAGACGAAGCCAGUGAAAGCUCUUCUGACGAACGAGAAAAGGAAGAGGAAGAAGAUUUUGAAGAGAUGCAGCAUUACAAAGGAUGGCCAGAUGCCGAAGAGGGUGCGUCUGACGACGUAAUGAAUGUUAAACAAGACACAGUUCAAUCUCACUCAGAUGAGGACUCUGCUUCAAGUGGUGGGGACGAUGUCACUGAUCUCGUUCAGAAUGGCGGUAAAAAGAACACGUCUCAGAAUGCCGACGACAGCGCUGCAAGCGUCAAUCUGGAUACAGUAGACGUUGUAGGAGACAGUUCGGACGGCGUAGACUCGGCUUCUUGUUCAGGAUCGCUAGAUGACACAAUGAAUAUCCAGCAAGAGCAACUGAGUGAGGAGAGCGUAGGGCUUGCUGAGAAGAAGGCUGAAGAGGCUGAAGCUGUCGAGUCCAGCCAAUUCAUUAGAGUUGGAGCAGGUUUUGGGGCUUUUGUUGGUUUCAUUGCCGUAGCAUUUGCAGUUAUUGUUCGGAAAGUCCGUAGCCGUAAUGGGGGUAAUUCGGUUGAUGAAUCAACUGUAGCCAUGAAGACUGAUGUCAGUGGUGAUGGUCAUUCUGAGGAUGAUUCGUUAGAGGUGGGCGCACUGGACGAAGACGAUGUCGAUACGGAACGUGAGAACGAAGACGAGGAAGAAGGCAAGUUUGUGGGAUCUGUAUAA